UGCUGUGGCUUCGCAAGCUCCGCUUCGCAUCUACGUCGUAUACGCACGAACGAUGGUACCCCUAACCACACGAAUGGCAGCCGUGUUGGCUGCGUGUAUGUUUCUCUCAUCUUUUUGCUCCGGUUUCAUCGUGGUACCAGCGAAGUCGUCUCCGUUAUCAGCCCAUCGAAGAGCAGCAGGUCGGCCGCCUGCAAGCAGCAGCCGUCGUUUAGAUCGGUGCGAAGGAGGAAGCUGGCUAGGAGAGCGGCCAGCAGCAGUAAACGUCAUCGUGCUGCAGGCGACGGCCGAUGAUAGUAACGAGCAGGUCCGCGAACAACCAACGCAGGAGGCAAGCUUGGCGGCAGCACGACAAGAGGCGGCGAGGAGCAAGCAGUUGAACAUCGCGUGCAACGACGUCGUCCGCACCAUCCUGGACGGCAACCCAACCAACGAGAAGGAGAGGGCCGAGGCCCUGCGGCAAAGAUUGAUCGCGCAGAAGGACGACCUGGUCUCCCCGGAGGACGACAUGUCGGCGCUCUUCUUUGACAACCUGCUCUUAGUGUGCGAGCACGAGCUGCACCCUGACAUCGGCAUCCUGCGGGGGCAGUACGGCAAGGCUUGGAACACCAUUCUGCACUACAUCGAAGACGCAGGGUGGCAGCUCACGGAUCCCCCGUUUUCGAUCUCAGGGUAGAUUUUGGUUUGGAUAGAUACAACGUCGAAACGUAGCUUCGUUUUUAUGCCAUGUAGAGACGCUAGAGCAGAUUGUAUGCGUUGCGAGCGCGCAGCGAACAUCCCAAAGCGUACCCGGCUUUUGUAUUCCAUGUUCGUUGUAGAGUGUCGGUGUUUCUUGGUGUCUAGUCUUGUUCUGGGCUUGUUUUUGCUCGGUGUUUGUAUGGUCGUGUUAUUUUGUUCAUCCGGUGGUGACGUGUAGUUCGAACACCUCCACAACUUGCUCAAAAGCAAAGCACGUGGAUAUCAGAGCGGACACAGUUGUUUCGAAGAGAGAUUUUGAUCAAUUUUGUUUUCUGCCUUUUUUCGGCACAAGCAGUCUCGGUUUCCUCCGCCGAGAGUUCCGGAGGCGAUCACGUGCAUACUCGCAUCGGUUUCUCCUUUUGCUGCCACGCACGAGCGCAAUCGAUCGGUGGGUCAUAGUCCUACCCUCAUA